AUGAACGCUUCAUUCCUCUUCGUCCUACUCCUGUCCGCUCUCGCCUUCACAGCGAACGCCCAAUGUAGGAACGUAUGCAGGUUCCGCUUCUGCCGUUUAGACGGCUCUAUGCGUCCGAAUAAUGCCCGCAGUAUUCUACGCGGGCCUGACUAUUCCCGCACAGGAUUCAUCUGCCGUAACUUCCCCGGUGGCCGAACGCUCGGAAGGAUUCGAUCCACUGGCACUGCCCUCAUUCAAUCUGGCUCAACCAUCACUCCCAUCAAUAAGUUCAGGCCUAAUGGACUCAGCCCCGCCUUUCCGAGAAACUACUUCCGCGUCACCCCUCUCACAUUCCAGCGCAACCGUCAAGGUGUCGCUCGUCGUGCCUCUGUCGGCAAUCAGGAGGACUUCCUCGAUGAUCUUUGCGUUCGUCUUCCCAUCCGCAACUACAACAUUGAUAACACUGAUGGCUCCGUCUUCCGCACGAUUGCUACUUCAGAUCCCAGAGAUUGCAUAGCAUUCCGACCCGUUGUCCGCCCGAUCGUUGUGGAUGUGGCGUGGGAUUCCUCCGAUGACUUCGAUCUUUCCGUUGAAGGCCCUCCUGGAUCUUUGGGAGGCCGUGUCAAUGACAACUUGGUGGCCGCGUGCGGCCUGUUUCCGGCCGGCAAGGAAGCUGUGUCCUUCGAAAACAUGGUUCCAGGGAAGUACACUGUAAAGUUGAUGCACUUCAAUAACUGCUUCAAUAAGCGUACGAGGUGGGUGGUCAACGUUGUCGUGAAUGGGGUAACGAUUCAACGCAGGUUGGGCCGGUCGAAUGUGGAUGACAGGACGGUUCUCGAGCUCGAAUUCACUGUUUAA